AUGCUCACAGGUAUACUCGUUGGUAUUUUAUUCAUUUUAAUCGUUUCCUAUGGUUGGCAUGUUCAUCGAGCCUACAGUUUCUUCACUCGUCUGAACAUUCCUGGUCCACCACCACGAUUUUUUUUCGGUAAUCUCUUGGAAAUUCUCGAAACAAAACGUCUUUCAUUAAAGAUUCAAGAAUGGACGAAAAAAUAUGGUCGUAUAUUCGGCUAUUUUGAAGGACAUACACCCAUUCUUGUCGUCUCAGAUCCAGAUAUUUUACAAGAUAUAUUCAUCAAAUCAUUCUCUAGUUUUCCUUCGCGUCGUGAUUUUCCAUUCGAAGAUCCUCAGGCAAAAAAUGUUCAUCUAUUUACCGCCCACAGUCUUCGUUGGAAACGACAAAGAUUUGUCAUUAAUCCAACAUUUUCAUCAUUGAAACUCAAACAAAUGUCUCCGUUAAUCAAUCGAUGUAUUAAUUCUUUCAUGGAAAAAUUAGCUGAACAACAUCGAUGCGAUCAACCAUUUGAUAUCUAUGCUCUUUUUAAACGUUUUACAAUGGAUACAAUUUGGUCAUGUGGAUUUGGUCUGGAUACUGACAUGCAGAAUAAUCCAAAUGAUCCGUAUCUUGUUCAAUCACAACGGAUGGCAAUCGAAGAGAAUAAUGUUACGCCACUUAUCAUCUUAUUUAUUUUAAUUAUUGAACUCAAAUGGCUAUGGAAUGGGCUUCAUCGUUUUGAUAGUUCUAUUCGAUAUUGGUUAACUAACUAUCUACCUAUAACACGAAGAUUUAUCAGUGAUGAUCCCGCGACGUGUCCGGAUCUUUGGGGUCCAGUCGAUCCGCAUAUAUUCUAUCCAGAACGAUUUGCUACGAAACGACAUCCAUUAGCCUGGAUUCCAUUCGGUGCUGGACCGCGAAAUUGUGUGGGAAUGCGAUUUGCAUUGCUGCAAAUCAAAGAACUAAUUGUUCGACUUCUUAAAAUCUAUUCGAUUGUCGAUUGUGGUGAACAAACACAUCAUUCGAUCGACGAACUUAAAGAAACUUUUGUCAUUUUCCCUAAAAAUGUUAUUGUUCGCUUGCAACGUCGAGAUGAAACAGCACGAUGA